CCUCCACGGACGACGCGGCGUCUAGCACACUCAGUCGUGCACGUCAUCAUGCGAGCCGAUACCGAACACUCUGCCAGUAUGCAAGAUAACGAUCUGGUGUGCAUGGGCUGUCGCGACAUUGAUUUCGUAAAAAUAAUCGCUAGGAAAAAGAUAGGACCCAAACCGAGCACAGGUUGGGGUCACACGGUAGUACCGCUGCCUCGCCUAAGAAUAGACUCGGAGUGCCCACUUUGCCGAUUUUUCUAUGUUACUAGAGAGCGACCGCCAUCAUUUGAUCUUGGACAACCAGAGCCAGAUUAUGCACUUCACGUUUUCUACACGGCGAGCCAGCUAUUCGGCAUCUCCAAAACUGGCCGAGGAGGCCCAGUCUUUAGAGUUUUGCCAAAAGACUUCAAGCACUCAAACGACAAUCCCCACGGUACUCAAGGCAUCACGAUUCAGCUCGAUGAAAAAGAGGGGGGGUUUGGGGGGCGACGAAUCUUGCCCACCAUUGGUCUCUCGUUAAUUUCAGACUGGCUCGACUUCUGCAAUGACAAUCACACUUCGCUGUGUAAGCAAGAGCUCGAUCCACAGGUCCCGCCAGGAUUCCGUGUAAUCGACUGCACUACACGCACAAUUAUUCUCUGGGAGCAUGUUGGCGAUGGCCAACACUAUGUGACGCUCAGCUAUGUUUGGGGAAAUACUGGACAAGACAUAGUUGAUGAUUAUAUCAUUCCACGCGACAUUCCGCGCACAAUCGAGAAUAGCAUUGAAAUAACGAAACAACUCGGCCUCCGUUAUCUUUGGAUCGAUAGAUAUUGUGUUCCACAGAACGAUCCCGUGAACAAAGCAAAGCAGAUCCAGAACAUGGAUAAAAUUUACGGACAAUCUGCUCUUACGAUCGUGGCUGCUGUGGGGAGUGACCCUCAUUAUGGAUUGCCCGGCAUAAGCGGCAAACUAAGAUCACCCCAGCCUUGCGCCGACCUCGGGGGAAAUCGAUAUGUCUACGCUCCUUACGCAAAAGAGAGCAUCCUGAGUUCAAAAUGGAAUAGUCGGGGAUGGACAUUUCAAGAAGGGCUGCUGGCCCAUCGAAAGCUCAUGUUCACAGACGAACAAGUCUAUUUUCAAUGCAAUGGCAUGUACUGCCUCGAAAGUGUCAAUCUACCAUACAAAGAGACGCACAUACCCAACAUGACGCAGAUGAAAGCCUCGUUAAGCCUUUCCAGGGUUUACCCAAUCUUGGGUCUUGACUUCAUGGAUGCUUUCAAUGGGGUUUUAAGGGCGUAUGAGCGCAAUUUUCCGGACACGUUUCGUAGUCUGAGUGGGCUUCCGCUGUUUAACACAUCCUCCUAUAUCGGGGAUAUACUCUCAGACAGCCUCUCUUGGAGAGCAAAACUUCGCCACCAAGAUGAUUCGAAAGAUUUUUGCCCACGGCGACUGGGGCAAUUUCCCAGUUGGUCGUGGCUAGGUUGGACAAAUUCCGCGAUUCGACUGCGCCAUAGCACGCUAUUGAGCAUUGGCGGGGUGAAGAGUGUUGAUGGUCAUAUAUUGGAGGUCACAAUGAAGUACGCAGACGGUACCACAUUGAAUUGCGAAACGCAAAUAGGUUCUGUACACACCCGUGAUAAGAUGGGAGACAUUCCCAGUGUGCUCUCCAUGCGUGGAAGGACUCUCGAUGUUAAAAUAGAUGGGGACGGCACUAUAAGCAGUGAGUCCAGUGAGUCCAAUGACAAACUUGUCACUCAAGCCAAUCUGGAGCGUUACUCCUGUGAGUACACAGUGCCAGUUGUUCGUUUGGUGCAACAAGAGUAUCAAGCGCGACCAGAUCGGGAUGGUCGUCUCAAUUUCACUCUUCUCAUUUUACAUGAGUCUCUGGACACGUUCAGUAUUUUGAUACUCUAUCUACCUCAAGGCUCUUCCAUUUACCAACGAGUAGAUAAUAGAUGGAUUAAUGUUCCGGAUACACCUGCUGAGCAUACUUGGUGGUUGGACUGGGAAGAGCGACAAAUCAGACUUGGGUAA